GCAAGGAUAUUAUUUUACAAAAUGGCUGAACUGUAAAGACGUGUAUUUUUUAAAUAUCAUUACAAUGGAGCUAACAAACGAUCAUUAUUAUCAAGAAAUCGAAUUUACAAGUUGUUCGAACGUUACAGACAUCGUCAAUUGUGGUGAUACAGUGUGUAGCGCGAUUAACAAAGUGAAUAUUUGUGACUCUGGACCACGGAAUCCCCGAAGAAAUCACUUGAAGUGCUCUAGAACCACUCACAAGCCUUUUCCUGAUUAUUUCGAGUGUAGAAUUUACGUUUUAAAUAUGUAUGCGUGAAUUAAAAUGGCUUAGCAUCCUCUUUGAUCUUGUAAAGUUAGUGUAUUUUUGUAAAAAUGGAUAAUUUUAAUGGUAGUUUUAUGCGUAAUAGGCGCAACCUUCUAGACUUAAAAGGUUUCACUCCGAACCAUUUUCCUAGAUCUAAUUAUUCGACAGACGCUCAAAUAAAGUCAGAUAUGAAGCAUACAUUUGAUGACGAUUUGUUUUGCAACUUUCAUUUACUAUCCGAUCCACUGAAGAAAAAUUUGGCCGAUUCUGUAAUAACAGGCGUGGAAAAAAAGAAAAAUAUGUUAGAAACAAAGGAGUAUAUAACGAAGGAGGCUGUUAAGCCUCCGAACACUCAAAGAACUGAUUAUUAUCCAUCACUGGCUGGAAUUACUAAUUUCUUUUCUGGAGUUCUAAACAUAAUGGGUACUAUUUUCCAUAAACGCGCGAGUUCUCCUGAUUCACAGUACUACGAUAGUUUUGAUAAUGAUUACAAUGACCAACAGUUGGCGCCAUCGAUUAUCUGGCAGCCUCCCAACUUUGAGGUUCAAAAUAAAAAUGAACAAGCGGACAUGCUGUAUGAAAGUAACAAUGAUCCUCGUACAAAUUUGGAUUCAGAUAUGAGUGUUGAUUGUAGAACAGCUGCCACCCAUUGUGAAAAGAAAUUAAACGAAGUAAGACUUCUACUCAGUAAUGAAAAUAAACAAAAUGUACAAAAUUCUAAAACAAAUAGUAAGUACUCAAGAAGACCACGGAAAGCCUUCAUCGAAGCCAGUUCUGUGGAAGAAAGCUUUGAAGAUGCUUUCUCGCCAGAAAAUUUUCUAAGUCUCCCAAAUGAUACAUAUAUAGAAUACUAUAGCCCGUUUAAUUAUCAUGAUGAUUUAUUUAUUGUGUCAGACGCACCUCGAAUAAAGACUGAUUUAAAUGUUUUUGAAUCUAUGGACAUUACUAAAAAUGUACCGCAAGAGACGGAAAAGAAACUUACAGUGACCAGACAAAAUUUGAUUACUGAAAACUGUCCAACAGAUGAAAUCACUGUAACAAAAACGAAUGAUGAAGUUGUAUCGUCAUGUGAAGAUAAAGUUUGUAAACUCAAAGCUUUGUUACAAUCUAAAUGUUGUAAGUCUUCAACCAAACCAAACAAGGAAGUUGAAACAACAGAACCUAUUCCAAUACCGCUUCAAGAACUCCCUAUAGAAACAGUUUUUGGUACGGAAAUUAAUCCAUCGGACAUACAAAAUUCAAACAGUUCACAAAGCAGUGAUUAUUUCAACGAAGUAACUGGGAGAUUUAAUGCGUCAUCUGUCGAGAGCGAAGAUUCAUUUCAAAUAGUCUUUACCGACGGUCCACAGAAUUGUAGAAAGCGGUUAUCAUCAGAUUGUGAUUCUGAAGAUUCUUUUAUUAUAUUCGAGGAAUCACCUGAUAGCUGUUACACAUCAAAUGAAGUUUUCGGAGACGAAGUUGAUCUGGAUAAUGAUAGCUCAGAUGCGGACUCUAAUUAUGACGAGGAUUCUGGGUGUGAUUCUACGUGUAAAUUAUCACCAAGCCUGUCUAGGACUUUUUGUGAUUUGACGGACAAUAGCUUGUAUAGUCAGGAUGUUGUGGACAGUGUUCAAGUGAGUACACCCAGUGUGACGACAACUGAGAAGACAGGAUUACUUCUCGAUGAGACAAGAAAGAAUCAGAAGAAGAAACUCCCAGCUAAGAGGGUCCACUUCUCAACUUUGCCGCCAAAGGUUCACGUGAUGCGGGUCUGGGCGUUCGCGGCGCGUCAGGCCAGAGCCGGACACUGGGAGAGGCACGCGCUUGACCGCGAGAGAUUCAAGAGGAGGAUAGCGGACGUCGAAAUGGCAAUAUCGUGGGUUCUCAAGCCCCAACAUCGUGCAAGAGUCGUCUUCCAAAGAUUCAGACCGUGGUGGAAUGCGCAGAAGCGGAAAGAAUUGGCUGAGAAGAAAGAAGUAGAAGAAAGAGAGAAGAUGCUUAAAAUGGAAACAGAAGAUCAAAAAGAAGCAAAAGAAAAUAAUGAGUUAAUUAAUUCAGAUGAUAACUUAAAUGAAGACACAGGCUCAGAUAAAAAAUACUAUAAACAAAAUGAAGAUCAAAUUGUUAAAUACGUCAGUGAAAUUACAACAGUUAAUGUUGAUGAAGAUAAUAUUCUAAACAACAACAAUACAACACAAGAGAAAUGUAAAAAUAUCGACUUACCUUCUGAUAAGACAACAUGUAAAAUUCCAAUUAAUGAUUGCGACCAAAAUGAUUUAAAUACUCACCGUAACGAAAACGAUAGCAGUGACAUUGAAUAUUCCAAUGAAAUUAAUGAUUCUAAUGAAACGAAAAAUAAUGAUGAGUCAUUAAUUAAAAUAGGUGAUUUGUUAAUUACAGACGCUUGUAUUGACACUUGACGAAUGUUCGUUUUAAAGAAGUCAUUCUUUCUAUAGCAGAACUUGAAAUUCUAAAUGAUAAUGGUUUAUAACGUCACAUUGGUAAUCUCUUAUCAAUGCUAAAUAUCUUUGAUAACGACAUAUUACCAAGACUUUUAUCACACAAUUAUCCUGUGCUACGUGAUUGCAAUACCAUAAAAUGUAUAGUGGAUGAAUUCAACAUGUCUAUUCUCUCUUUCUGUUAUUAGUAAUUUGAUACAUAUAAUUAUCUACAUAAGUAUGUAUUUACAAAAGAAAAGUAGUACAUGUAGUAUAUCAGUUUUCUGAUUUCCAUAGUACGAGCUCUGCUUAGUUUGGGAUGAGAUGUGUGUGAAUAAUGUCCCAGGAUAUUAUUAUUAUAUACGAAAGAAGAAGACAACUUUGUGUCCAAAGUGAAACUGAAAAUCUUUAUUUAAUAUAGAAGCGUUAUAUUUGAUUAUUCACUGUCAGAAAUAUAUCACUGGUUCGGAAAUAAAACUGAGAAGAAUGGAAAGAAAUUCAGACUGUAACUACACAUCCAUUAUUCAACAUGUAUUAGAAGUGGGGUUGGGGGGGAGUACUUUAAAGUUGGAGUAAAAGCUUUAUUACAAUGUUUCAAAGUUACUUGAGGAUCUACAAGCCUCGACUGGGAUUCGUUAUCAUGAAUUCUUAAUGUUUGAUUGGCGAUAUACGAUUAUUCCAGAUAAACGAAAAUUUUGAAACGAUUUAAAAGUAGCGAAACGAAAUAGUUAACAAAUUAAAUGAUUUAAGUUCCAUAUAUAUAAAGAAUGACUUAUGUUUAUGUAAUAUGUAUAUAGCGAAAGAAUAAUAGUAUAUAUUUAUAAUAUUAAAUUAUAAUAUAAAAUUGAAGCAAAAUGUGUUCAAAGCACAAAAAAAAUAUUUAAAUUUAGUAAUAGUUUGAGUGGGGUGAAUCGUGCCUCGCAAUGACACGAUCCUGGCGCUUAAAUUGUUGCUAACAUCAAGCUAGUGACUUGUUGAAAUUUUGAAAAUAAUUUAUUAUUCGAUGACAAUUCAAGAAAAUUAAAAAAAAAAAAACUUUUAUCCUUUAAAAUAUGUUAUUUAUAUUUGGACUCUAAACUACUCAUAUAAAGUCAAUCGUUCAGAAAUGCAAGCAUAUAAUGUUAGUAUAUGCAUUUAUUUUACAAACCAUCGGUGCAAUAUUAUGUUACGGGAAAAUUUGUUGAUAUAUAUAUAUAAAGUAAUAUAUACUAAUAUGUCGAUGAUUUGUGUUAUUCUUUUGCUGUAUAUAGACAUAUUUCUAGUGGUCAUAUAGACAUUAAAUACUCACUGACCACUUCUAUCUAAAGAAACUAAAAGAUUUUUAUUAAAACGCGCGAACAGUUUAUAUUAGUAUAUAGUAAAAAAAUACCGCGUCCAAGUACAUAAAAUUCAAAUUAAAGCCACGAAAACUUUAAUUUUUCUCUUAUAAAUAUUAAUCUUAUAUCAUUUACUCAAUCUAAUUAAAGAGAAUGACAGAAAAGAAGAGAUUUUAGUAGAGUUUCAAGGUUGGAUUUGAGUGUCAAAAACAUUCUAGGUCUCUUGAUAGAAGUCUACAAAGUUGAGCGGCGAGCAAGAACGGCACUUUGAUUUAACAAUAUUUAAAAAUGAGGAUGCUAAGUGCCUAAACAUCUUAGACUGAAUACGAUAUACAAAUUUAAAAAAAAAGUAAAAUUAAAAAAAAAGUUGCACAUUUGAAAAUUGUAUGACGAUGAACAUACAUUUCAUUGUUAGUUAGGAACUAUAUUAUAUAUAAAAAUAUGUAAUAAAUUAGAUUUAAUUUAGUAUUUACUUGUUUAUAGUGUAAAAAAAAUUGUCAAUAUAAUGUUUGCUCUGAUUAUUAUUAUUUUUUUUAUUUGUUUAAAUUCACUUUAUAUUAAUUUCAUGUGUAUUAUAAUAAACUUGCUAAAUUUAAAUUUUAAGUGAUUAAUCAUAUUUUUUCUGUGUGUCCAUUUUUAUUUCAUUGCAUUUAAUUCAUGUUUACUAUACAUACAAUAUCAUAUUCUUCAAUAUAUAAGUAUGGUUCUAGAAAUAUUAUUUUUAAAAAAGCUAUGUAUAUGCUUUAAAAUAUAUAUGGUUUUAGUAAUAGUUUGUUUAAACGUUGAGCAUUUUUGUAAUUUUUUUUCACACUAUUUAAAUUUCUUUAAAAAUAUAUACAUAUAUAUAUAUAUAUAUAUAUAUAUAUACACAUAUAUAUGUGUGUGUGUUUAAAUUGUAGAAACUUUUGCCGAUAUGUAAAUAUUGUAUAAUUAUAGAAAAAUAAUAUAUUUAAAUUUAGUUAUAUACGUUAAAUUUGUUACGUCAAUAGCAUGCAGUUUUGGCUUAUGUAUAACACAAAUGCAAGUCUAUAUACAAACAUAUUUUUUUAAUAAUGUACAUAAGUUUAUGGGCAAUUGUGGGUAUUAUGUCAAAGCCUUGAUAUAUCAAAAAUUUGUAAAAAAAACUUUAUACUACAGAGAAUUGAUCAAGCUGUACAACACGUUUGUAAAGUAAUUUCUGUGCGAAAGAGACGCGAUUGUGCUAUUUGUCUACUUCCUUGUCUUUACAGACUUAAACAAAGGCGGCAUUGACUAUACAAUCGCUUUGUCUCUUUCUACAAAAUGGACAUGUUUUGUCACAAUUGUUCAAUAUAUAAUAUAUAUGUUACAGGCUUAUUGCAAAAGCCAUUAUAUUACAAUCAAUGUAUUUCAUAUGAACACGGACGAAUUUCAUUUACCUUGCCACCUUAAGUUAAAAAAAAAAAACAUAAUAAAAUGUUAUCAAUAAUAACAAUUCCAGAAUGGCGUUAUGUAUGGCGCGUUUUGAUUGGUCGAUAUACAUUUUUAAAUUUAGAAUAUUGAUAAGAUUUCUUUUAAUUGAGUUGCUAAUUAAACUAAUAUCAAGGCUUUCACAAUAACCCUUGUAUGUAUACUGAUAUUAUAAAUUCGAAAGUAAUUCGUGGUGUCUUACUUUUUCACGGAUAAAGUACUGAACUGAUUUUGAUGAAGUUUGGUAAGCAGCAAGUACGGACAUACUUUACCUAACACCUGACCCCAUCCGCGUCACUCAGCGGGCGAAAAGUAUAUAUAUAUUUCAAACUGCAUGUAUUUGGCGUCAACGCCUUGCGCUCUAUAUGUCAAAUAAGUAAUUAUAAAUUCAUAGUAUUUUAAACAGAAUUGUGAUUUUAUAACACUGGGUUUGGUUUAAAUAAAUAUAAUAACUUAAAUUA